CUACGAUCGUACUUACGGCUACGGUGAGUACAUCCCAGUUAACGUUUAUAAGAAUGUUAUUCUGGAAGGAGAGCUAGAUCUUAAUGAAUUUGGUAGUUUGAAGGAACUUCAUAUUGUAGGCAGUGAGAAGCAGCAACAAAAGUUAACUAGUUUGAAAGUUGAUAAAUGCACUAUGCUAACUAACAUUAAGAUUAAUUACACUAUUCUUGGUUACUUAUAUUUAGGAAGUAAACCAAAUUUAGUUUCUGCUACUUUGAUUCUAACUAAAGAUGUUGGUGAUUUAAAAUUAGAAACUAAGAAAAUUAAAGAAAAGAGCUUAGAGUACCAUUUAGAUGUUACUAGAAAUAGCUUGAAUGAGGAAAAUCAGUUGUGGCUAGAAAGCUUACUAGAUGCUCAGGAAGAAGCUUUACAUAGUAACAGCGCUUAUGCCCGUAAACAGUUGGAAAGAUGUAAAAAAAGACUGUCUGAGGUGCUAACUGAUGAAGAAAUCCAAGAUAUUUUAGGCAAAAUGAUAGAAAUCAAUGAAUUUGAGACUCAGACAAAUAAUCGCAAUAGAUUACAGAAUUA